AUGUUCAAACACAAGCUCUCGUUCCCUCACCUGCCAACCCCGACUGGAGGGAGUUUUCAUGAAAAACAUGCGCCAUCGGAUGCCCCAGCUGGCGAUGUCCCUGUCCAAGGAGCCCCUACUAAUGAUGCUCCCGCAGUCGAAAGCCCUUUGAACCGGGAGAGGUCAGCGGUCCAUAAACGGGACUUCCUCGAUGACAUCCGCGAGGCGACCUUGGACUCAACCCUCGUCAAUAAUGCCCGGGACAUGCGGAAAUCCGCAUUGAACGAGGUAAACAAGAUCACAGGUAUCUUGACGAAAAAGGACAGCACCAACGAUGAGAAGCUCCGAGGCCUCUUGCAUCAUCUUGUGAGGUCGCGCCGCGAAGCUUUCUUCGACAACGACUGGAUAAAAUCGUCGACUUCCGAUGACUCCGACCUGCUACUGAGCUCAUUUGCGGCACAAGUUGAUGACAGCUCGUUUCCCCUCCGCAUGUUCGACCUCGACACGAAGAACAUGGUUUCGAUCAAUGGCCUGGGAGAGGAGGAUCAGUACUGUAUGCUGUCUCAUAGCUGGAAAGGCGCAGAGGUCGAUUACGCCUAUGUGUAUGAUGCCCAGCGUGCUGAGCAUCCCUCUGGACCCGAAGACGUGGACGAUGUGAGCCGGGUUCUCUUUUCUUGCGAGAAGAAGAUUGGAAGCAUCGCAGAAAAAGUGGACAAGCUGGUGGAAACGAGUUCAAACCCGCAGCAGACUAUCCGACAACUACUCGUGAAGUCUCUCAGGGCAUCCAUGUUGGAAUUUGGCCUGACCAACGCGAAGAAGAACCGAACCACCAUAGAUGCCAAGAUGAGGCAGACUGAGAUGGAACAAAAUAACUAUGACAAAUUGUUGAAGUUCCUUCAGGUGACUGAAGAAGUAAAGAGUCUGGAGCAGCGCGAAGCCGACGCAAAGAAAGAGCAAUUGGAUGCCACGGCUAAAUGGAAACAAGCCGAAAAAGUCUAUAUCUUAGAAAAGCCAGUCAAUAACGGGUUCCGAGCGAACCGCUUGCUGGCAUAUGCGAUCGAUGACCUGAUAAGAGCUCUGCAGCAGAGAAGAUCGGCCCGCAAGCUUGACCAGUCUCUCCGCCGGGCGAGAGAGAUCUUUCAGAACAGACCGUUCUCAAAGACAGGCAAGAGGUACAUCUGGCUGGACAACUGCUGCAUCGACAAGAGACAGAAUUCCGAGCUGACUGAGUCCCUGGCACGCAUGGGAGAAUGGUAUGCGAAUGCCGACUUUUGCCUGGUGCAUCUGGAUACCACUUGGGACGAUCGCGAAUGGCUGGAUGAAUGGGACCUAUGGUGUCAGAUGAAUGGCAGAGCGUCCAAUGCAGAAGAAAACCACGAAGAUGACGACUCAGUGGCCAAGGCGAUCGGACAGGCAGACCCUAAAAGCAAACCUGUUAUGAGCUUUGAGAAUAUUCAAGAGUGGAAACCAAAGUGGUCUACUCGUGGCUGGACGCUGCAGGAAUUGGUGCUCAGUAAAAUGACUUUCUAUGUGAAUGCCGAGUGGAGCUUCCUGCCACGACCGGUUGAUGUUUUGGGGUCUUACUACUAUUUCUGCCCGUUCGUCGACUACUAUACUCGGAAUCUGAGUCAUGUUCAGGGGUGGAAGGGAGACAUUGACGCGACGUUAGAAGAGGGGAAGGUGAAGGAUGCGCUGGAUGAGCUGGCAGCAUUGAACGCGAAGUCGGACACGGAGGAGAUGAAGGCAGUCCCAGAAAGUGAGGGAAAAGAGGAGCUCAAUAUAAAAAGAAUCGUGCAGGCUCUGGAACUCUUCAAAUAUGUUGCCCCGAGGCAGCUGGAUAAGGAAACAGCCAGAGCUCAGAUCAGCUACUCUGUCCAGGUGGCAGUCAAAGCACUCCAGAAUGAUUCAGCUGAUGAGGAAAGUGAUGGAGAGCUGAUCGUCGAGAAUCUUUGGGGUGCGGUCUACCCCGACAAAGUUAAACAGACAAUCGAUAUCCUGCUGGCAGCUCUUGCACUAAGGGCAAACGGGCCAAUCCGAAGUGAUCGCAGCGACAUUGCAGGCUUUAGCAACGUCAAAGACCUGGCUAGCUGGUGUUCAGGUACCGAGCAGAACAAUUUCUCUGCCCACAGCGUGAUGAAGCUUGCAUCACAUCGGGAGUGCACCAAGGCAAUUGACCAGGCAUACUCGUUGAUGGGUAUUCUGGGGGUCCAAUUCCCGGCAUUUCCGGCAGAGGGACUCACCAAGGCCCUGUCGCGGCUGGUGGAUGAAGUGGUGAUCGGCUCGAAUGACGUCUCAGUCUUUAACUGGACGGGCAAGCACAACAGUAGCCCCAUACGCGGGCGAUCUCUGUACGCGUCUAACAUCGAAGCCUUCCAGUCCGAGGAUGAAGAGCCCAAAAAGCGUCCCGAUGUCAACGCUGAGCUCGUCAGUAUCCUCCGGGACAGGCGCAUUGAGCACCUGAAGGUCGCCAAGGGUGUCACAAACUUGCUUCUUGAUGCCACCAAGUUCAUCACAACAUUUCAUCAGGAGGAAUCGGUGGUCGCAACGCUACUAGACAUGACCGAGUUUAUCAGGAACAACAGAUUGGAAACUCUGAAGGAUCAGCUGGGGUCGCCCGAGCUGCUUGCGGCCAUGAAGGCGGCGCAUGAUUAUGCGCUGCAGCACACAGAAGACCAGAACAGGCGUAAGUUGGAGGAAGAGCAACAGAAGAAGCAAGAGAAACAGGCAACGGAGGAUGAAAAGGCGGCUGAGCACGGGAGGAGGGGAUCUCGCGGGCUGGGAGGGCUCGGUGGGAUCGCCAAUUCGUUGUCAAACCUUCCCCGGGUGCCAUCGUUCAGGAAGGAAUCAGACCAUCAUAUGGAGAAGGAGGAGCGGGACAACCAUAGUAAAACGCUCAAGCAAUUGGGAGCUGAUAUACAGGUCGCUUUCGAAAAGGCAAAGGCCUGGAAGGGGCUUCGCGACAAUAAUGGAUUCUUAGCCCUCGACAUCCAAGCUCCUACCAACCCAGAACACGGGAUUGGCCAUGACCUUGACCAGCGGAUUGUCUGCCCCAACCCCAUCGUGGUCAACAGCUCGGGUAUUAAGGGUGUAUUCGAUAUCCAGCGUGUCGUGGUGAAGAUGCUGCAGCAGAACGAGCUCCGUGCCAAGGUUAAAAACGCCGUCAGUGCCAACGAGAAGAUCGACGGGUGGUGCACAAUCAGCACAGGAUUUGCUCUCACCAUGGUGGCAUUUUCCUGUGAGCGGCACGUUCUCGAGAGGCAGUUGGAUCUGGUGGAUGUUAUCGAGAAGACCGUCAUAGACCAAAACGAGAGCGAUACAGAGACGAGCAAUGACCAGUCAGACGCAGCCUCGGGAGAAUCUGGGCAACAAACACGAGAAGAUCCCUCAGGCGAUGCGACUGGGGUAUCCACAGACAGGCCUCCACAGCCCAAGCGGACGCUCUCGAGCAUUGCAGAGCCGGUCACCUCCGACGGACCGGAACAGCGUAAGCUCGGUAAUUAUGGCACCUCGAGCGAACAAAAGAGAGUCUCCCGCAUGAUCGAUUUCGUCGCGGAGUCCAACCUCAACGCUAUAGCAGGAGAAUGGGUCCUCGCGAGGUUCUCUGGCUCACCUGGAGCGAAGUGGUUUCUCUGCCGACUGGGGCUGGGAUCGGGCAAUGAGUUCUACGCGCAUCGAAUUGCCACCGACGACUUCGACUUUGCCCACGCCGUCCCGGAGAAUGGCCUGGUUGAGUUCUGGCAGCGCUUCCUGCAUGAGAAGAAGGUGACCAUGUGCAAGAUGCUGGACCAUUUCCUGGACGCGCAGAAGGCAGGCAACUAUGCCGACUGGCUGAAGGACAGUCUGCAUUGGCGUGAUUCGAGUGACGAUGAAGAUAGAGCUGAAGGGAAUGGGGUGCCGGCAGAGAAGGAAAAGAGCUCCAGAGGCUACGACGGGUUAACAACAACUAGCAAGGUACUGAAAAUGGUCGGCUGGGGUAUCCGGUGGGCGUUUGAUGAACAUUGGGCCAAGUAUUUGGAGCGCCAUCUCGAAGACGACGCUCUGGCGAAGGUGCCGGUCAAUCUCCACGCAGCCAUCAAAGAUCUGGACGCGAACAAGAUCCUCCUGCCAGUUAUGUUUCACUCGGGGAGAGAUAUCCACUUUUUCUAG